AUGGAGUCCAUAAUCAACAUUCCACUUGGUCCCGUUCUAAAUCCGGCCAGUGAGCUGAUCUUCCUCGUCGGGCACGUUUUGUCUUCGGCAUCGCUUCGAUCGUUGAUUUUUCGGACCUCCAACGCCGAACACAUCUUUCAUCAAUUCCGAAUUCCCGGGCAGCAGGACGAUUUUCCGAUCGCUUCAGCCUUAGCGAUAACUUCCAACUUGAAAGCUGCAGUGGUGUUGCCUCAAAGCAAAGAAGCAUUGCUAAAAUCUUACAAUAAAAGACUCAAAGAUGAUAUAAAAUCUAUGGUUGAUAAUUUUGCAGAGAUUGUUAAGUUGGCAAGACCUACACAUGAGGAUGAUGGUGGCAAUGUUAUUCGUCCUUUAGCAACAUCCCAAGACCAAUGCGAAAUGCACGUUCGAGCUGCUAACAUAGUUCGAGCUGCUGAAUCCUUGAUGAAAUUGAUAUCUGAUAUAAAGCAGUAUCUUAUCCUCAAUGACUUUCCAUCUGUGAAUGAAGCAAUUUCUCAAAAGACAAAAGUAUGUCGAUCGAUACAGGAAGGCAUCGAUUCAAAACUAGCUGCUUUAAGAGAUGAUGUGGCAGCAGAACUCUACGAACUUGAGGAAGAGUAUUAUUCCUCGGUGUUCAAGCUUUCACCGCUGAUUGCUGAAGAAAAAUUUGUUUAGUACAAAUUAAGCAACUCACGACAUUAAAGUGUUGGAAAAGUAGAUUUUUCUUGUAAAAAUUGAAAAAGUGUGAAUUCAUCUAUUCUUUGUACAUAUUGCACUACACAUUUUUUUUUCAUUGUGUUGCAAUUCUUAUAUUUUAUUUUUGUCAAAAUUCUGUUAAUUUGAUGUUCUAUAGUUUAGUUAGUUGAGUUAUUAUUGUGUGAAAUAAAAUUUGUUUCAC